UGCGCGAUGGAAUAAAGACCACAUUUAAUACAUAUUUUAGAAAAUUCAGCACUACUGGAUGAUGCCAAUGGAUGUGAACAUUCAAAUACUUUAAAUAAAGAGUUCAGACUCCUGUCAAGCUCCGGAGACCCGUGGGCCAAAACAAUGAAUUAAUUAUUUUCAUGAAUUAAUUAUUUUCUUAAAAUAAACAAGACUGAAAUAGAAUUUAAAAUGCCGUUGUAUUAAUAUUAUUUCCCCCCUCUUCAUUUUUAUUUCUCUUAUUGUUUUCCAACUUCCAAAACAUAAUGCUCUCCACACUCCUGUCCAGUAGGUGGCUCUCGCGGUACUUGUCUAGGUCACAUGUUAGAGUAGCGGCGGGAAAAAGGAAAGUGUCCGUGGAAAGCAUGGACGUGAUUUUGAGUUUUGUGUUUUUAUGUUUAUUUGCACACGGUUCAUCUGGCGCUGAUGGAGUCAAAGUGUCAGUGAUGGAGGGAGACUCAGUCACUCUAAACACUAGUGUUGAAACCGACAAACAAGAAGAUAUAUCAUGGUAUUUUAAUAACACCCGCAUCGCUCAAAUCAGUGGAGAUCUCAGUUAUGGUUGUACAGAUGUUCAGUGUAAUGACGGUACUGAGAGAUUCAGAGACAGACUGAAGCUGGAUCAUCAGACUGGAUCUCUGACCAUCACAAACAUCACAAACACAGACUCUGGAGAAUAUAAACUACUGAUCACUAGCAGCAGCGACAGUGAAAAGAUCUUCAGUGUUUCUGUUCAUGAUGUUCCUGCUGCUGAACGAGAUGAAGUGAAGAGAAAGUUAGUAAAGGAGGAAGAAUCUGUUACUUUAGAUCCUGGUGUAAUAAAAAACCCAAAUGAUUUGAUGAUGUGGCAUUUUAAUAACACGCUCGUUGCUGAAAUCACUGGAAAUCCCAGUAAGAUCUGUACAUAUGCUCAGACUAAUGAGAGAUUCAGAGACAGACUGAAGCUGGAUCAUCAGACUGGAUCUCUGACCAUCACAAACACUAGAAACGCAGACUCUGGAGAAUAUACACUACAGAUCAGCAGGAGCAGCUUCAACAUAAAAAGGGGCUUCAGUGUUUCUGUCACUGAUUCAGGUCUGUCUUCAGCUGCUGCAGCAGGAAUAGUUGUUGGUGUCUUGCUGCCUGUGGCGGCUGUUGUGAUUUUUUGCUGCACGUGUCAAGUAAGAAGAAAAGACACCAGGAUGCAGCACAAUGGUCAGGCAAAUGGUGUUAAAGAAUUGUCCCCUAAUCAGAAUGAGAUUCCACUGGUGGAUGAUGCUAACGAGACGUCCUCUAAUCAGACUGAUGCUCUACAGACGAACACUACGAAUGGAUUGUCCCCUAAUCAUACUGAGAUUGUGCCUGAAGCUGCCAGUGAGACCUCAACGUAACUUUUUUUUUUUUUUUAAGAUUUAUUUUUUGUGUUUUUUGCCUUUAUUAUGAGAGGACAGUGAGUAGACAGGAAGCAAAGUGGGAGAGAGGAGGAGGACAGGGUCAGGAAAGGUCUGCUAGCUGGGACUCAAACUUGGGACACCUGAAGUUCAGUGGUUAUAUAUUUCAACACACUACCCAUGAUCCUGUUGGUGCAGAAUUAAUGUAGAGGUCUGCGCGGGACUGUUUUUUUUCGUCCCGCUCCCGCAAGGUUCUAUUCCGCACGCACCCGCUCCCACCUAAAAUUCACUCUGUGUUCACCCGCUAUCUCGCAAUAAAACUUCCCCUAAAGAGAGUGAUUGGGGAUAACAAAUAUAAAAUGUUGCAUAGCAUAUACAAGAUUUUUAUUUGUCUGAUGAUGCUGUCAACACCCUAAAAAAUGUCAGAGAAAAAAUGCCACAAAGAAUAAUAGACUAAAUAUCACAGAGAAAAUUAGGCUACAUUAAAUAGCCUACAACAUAUCCCUCAAAACUAUAGGCUAAGCCACAGAUACAUAUAAACGAGAACUGUUGGCUUACUAGCUAUACUGCAAAAUGAAAUCUUUUUUAACAUCCACGCAAGAAAAGAAUGAUGCUGACUGACGACCAUUUCAGAACGUCUCUCCUCCAAAAUCCGAUCACAAAGGUUGAAUGUUCUUUGAAGGUGCACUCGCGCAGACCUCUAAUGCAAAGAACAUACCUUGCCAGGUUUCUCAGGACAGGGAACUGGGGACUGUGGGAACGCCACCACUGCAGAAAGUUUGUUCACUUCAAGUUAAAGCACAGAUGCGCUGAUGUCAGAGCAUCUCGGGAGCAACCGGGUUAUUGUGAGACCGCCCGCUCCCGCCUAAAGUACACUAUAGUUACCAACCGCAAUCCGCCUUUCAUUCAAAAUUUAAUCCCGUGCAGCAAGAAAUCUUAUCGGGUCCCGCGGUUCCCACGGGGCAGCCGUGGAAAUGCAGACCUCUACUCAAUGCAACAUCACUAAUUACUUUGAUAUGUUAGUUGAAAUGGAAAUACGAGAAUAUGGAAAAUAAGAGAUUUUCUCAUUUUCCAUCCUCUCUUUGUCAGCCCUAACCAAUACCAAAAACAAAAAUUAUUUUAUGAAUUACUUACCCUCAUGUCAUUCCACACCCGUAAGACCCUUGUUCAGUUUCAGAACACAAAUGCAGAUAUUUUUGAUGAGAUCUGAGCGAUUUCUAUUACUUCAUUGCUAAAGUAAGGACAUAUUAAAGUAAUCCAUAUGAUCUAGUGGUUUAACCUCAAUUUUAUGAAGUGACACCAGCGCUGCUUUGCACAAAGACAUGAUUUACUAUGUUAAGAAAAUAUUGACCUCCAAUCCAGUAGGGGGAGCACCACGAUGCAUAUGUGUUGUUGACUUAAGAGCAGACAAUGUUCUUUGAAUUCACUUUAUAUAGUGUUAUUUUGUAAAUAAAAGGGUUAAUUAUUUUUUGUUUUUGUUUUUUUGUGCAAACAAAGCACUCAUGUUGCUUCAUAAAAUUGAGGUUAAACCACUGGGAUCACAUGGAUUACUUCAACAAUGUCUUUCCUAUUGUUCUGGGCCUUGAAUGUGCGAGUUGCGUUGCUGUCAAUGAAGGGACAGAAAGCUCUGAGAUUUCAUCAAAAAUAUCUUAAUUUGUAUUCUGAAGAUGAACGAAGAUCUUACGAGUGUGUAACGACACGCGGGUGAGUAAUUAAUGGCAGAAUUUUCAUUCUUGGAUGAGCUAACCUUUUAAGUUAUAUAGACAUUUCUUCAAAAAAUACAAAUAAACAGCAUACCACUAAUAACAUCAGGAACAAAGAAAUACUUAACAAGCAACAGAACAGUGGGCCCUUAACAUUUUUCAUCAUAGAUGUUUGUUAAAGCUGCUAAAUUGGCCCACACAGGAAGUUAGUUUUUGUUUCUUGUCAUUUACACUAUAAGAUCUAAUAAUGCACUGAUAUACCAGUUAUUUUUGUCCUGUUUGGAUAUAUUGACUCAUAACUGAUAGAACUGACUGAAUUUGUUGCCAUGAUGGACACACAGCUGCAACACCUGCUCUUCACAGAAAUGUGUACACAGAUGUAUAGAAUACUGUGAGGUAGUCAGGCAUUGAAUUCUGCAUUAUUGAUUUUGUUGGUAUCAUCACUGGUAUUGUUGUUAAUGGAAAAGACUAAUUAUGGUGCUAUUGUACCUAUAGCCUUUUUAACCAUCUUAAAUGGCAAACUGCCUGUAAUCAACUUUUUUUUUUUUUUUUUUUUUUUUUUUUUAUAAAAUACAUUUGUACAUUUGUUUUAUUUAUUUAUUUUUUUACAUUAUUUAUAUCUUAAUUGUGUGACCAUAAAACUGAACAACAUUGAUCAGCAGCACUUCAUAAACAUUUUGUUCAGUUUCACUCACUAAUAGGAACAAAACCUCUAAUAUGCCUUGCUUCUCUGGAAAAGUGUUACAACUCAAAAUUCCACAUAAAUGCUCCCCUGAUCAGUUUCUCCAGGUUUUUUUUAGUACUUUUUUUUUUUUUUUUUUUUUUUAUAAACAAUGUUGUAUUUUCAGUGUAAAUGACAUCUAAUGCUAUGUGUUACUUGUAUCAGUUACUUGGCCUGUAAGCUAAGUUUUGCACUCUUGCCCUGACCCAUGCAGCAUGCAAUGGGGUGAUUAAAAGGACAGUUCACCCAAAAAUGAAAAUGAUUCUAUGAUUUACUCACUCUCAAGCCAUCCUAGGUGUAUAUGACUAUCUUCUUUCAGAUGGACACAAUCAGAGAUAUAUUUAAAAAUAUUCUUAAUCCUCCAAGGUUUAUAAUGGUUGUGAAUGGCUGCCCAGAUUUUGAAGACAAAAAAAAAAAAAAAAAAAAGCAUCCAUAUGACUCCAGGGGGUUAAUAAAGGCCUUCUCAAGCGAAGGGAUACAUUUUUGUAAGAAAAAUAUCCAUAUUUAAAAUUUUAUAAAGUAAAAUAACAAGCUUCCGGCAGACGACCACACUCAGAAUGUGUAAGUUGACUUGUGCCACAAGAAUAACCCGUGAUGGGAUGUAUGACACAGGAUGUAGGAGUAUCUUAAGCUUAGACGCCUCUUACGGUUCAAACAAACAGGGCUGUGCAACAAACUCAAGCUCCUCUUUUAUCGAAAUCCUCAGACAUUUCUCUUUAAAUUUUUUUGUUUUAGACUUCUAAUUCAUGGCCGGUGUUUUGUUUUGAUUUUGGUAAUAUGUUGCAACAAUAUGUAAAUUUUUUUGGACAUAUAUAAAUGAGCAUGUAAAGCAAAAAUCCGUGCGGAGCAUGCCCCCACCCCACACAAUGUUCUCACCUUUUUUUCCCCUUACCUGUUUGCUUCCCUGGAAUUAAAUGAAUAUGGAUAUUCGCAUCCCUUCGCUUCAAAAGGCCUUUAUUAACCCUCUGGAGUCGUAUGGAUUCAUUUUUUUUAUGGACGGAAUUUGGGCUACCAUUCACAACCAUUAUAAACCUUGGAGGACUAAGGAUAUGUUUAAAUAUGUCUCUGAUUGUGUUCGUCUGAAAGAAGAUAUACACUUAGGAUGGCUUGAGGGUGAGUAAAUCAUGGGAUAAUUUUCAUUUUUGGGUGAACUAUCCCUUUAAUCCUUAACAUCAUAUGUGUUGCAGAUGAUUUCUCCAUUCAUGAUGAUUUUUUUUUAUUUUUAUUUUUUUUUAUGUAUUUUUCAACGUUAUCACUGUGUGAUGGAAAUGUUUGCCUUCACGUGACUAGAAUCCACGGUUAGUCUUCCAUUUUGUUCUUGGAGAAAAUCUUUAAAUCCUAUUAAGUCAUAAUAUGAUACGUCUAAAUUCUCUUGAGGCUAUAAAAAUGUGACCUGUGCUUGCAAAAUGGGUCAGAAUGCACACAGGCUAAUUUUGAGCUACAGGCAAAAAAAAGUACCUUUUUUUUUUUCAGCUCGCUUCUAGACGACUGCUGCUUCUUUUCACAAGUUGUAGGCCUAUCAUUGCAAAGCACAGCAUUCUAACUUUGUGAAUAUUCAUAGCGAAUUCUCAAUGACAUGCGUCUGAACCAGUGAAUGUGAUUUUCAAACCCAUGCUGAUGAAAACAAAAUGAUCACGUUCACUAACACUUCCGAGAGAAACGGUCUCUUAGAAAGCAUGCAAUGCCAAUAUACACACAACAGAUAUUUUGCAACACUGUGAAUCUGUGUAAUGGCGAGUAUUCACAAACAAUAUCUGUUAUGACUUAAGUGAACAUUUGCUGUUACAACUAACCCGUGUUACAACCAUCCCCGGUCUUCCCUAUACUUCUGUAAUUUGGAAAUCACAACUUCCUGAGUAAAAUUCACAAUUUAACAUUAAGUAUACUUUUAGCAUAAAGUACUUAAUGUGCUAGAUUUUAUAUAUAUUAAUGUGGGGAAAAAAGCUGAUCAGCGUCAGCUGUGGUUCAUCAGCGCCGCUAUUUAAUGUCUGUGCAUUUUGCCCUGUGUUGAUUGUUGGUGUGUUCAUGUAGUGUUAUUCCUGGCUGUGUUUGAGUCUCUCGUUUCUGUUCUGGAUAUUUCCCGUUGAGGCAGUUUUGGAUUACCUGUUGGACUCUUGUCUUGUCAGAGGACUGGUUUGCCCAUUGCAGUCUCUGCCCUACCAAGAAACACUUUGUCAUCUGCACCCAUGACACCUGACCCUUGCUGUCAUUCCUGCUGCUAUUUUUCUAAAUAAACUGAUAUUUGCUGCA